AAAAUCUCCUGGAGGCUUGGGGCGGCGGCCACCGAGCCGCGCCCUGCACAUCCAUUAGCCUCAUGUCUUGCGCUCACCACAGGCACCGAGCUAUAAAUCCCCUACAACGCUUACUAGCUGCACUCAUCUCGCCAACGCCGAAUAGCAGCACGGGGUCCCUCCGCACAUCUACUUCGCUGUCGUCAUUGACUCCCUUUCUGAGUAUUGCACGUGGACCCUGAGACUCUAAACUCCAGCUCCUGCCCGGAACACUAGCUACAGCUUGACGAUCCGUCUCUCGGGUUUUGCGACUGUUACAGUAAGCCUGUAGUCCCUUUCGCUCUCCAUUCGCACUCCAUUCGCUCUGACCAUGGCGAACCUUCCUGGGUUCACCACCAAUUUUCCUGCCGGCUAUCCUACCAUCCCACGGGCCUCGAAUUUCGCCGGCGGUGCAAGCAACACGUCGUCAACAGAGUCCCCAUCAGGCCAGAAUGCAACCGCUGCGCCGCAAUUCGACAUCUUCGACUGGCAUCCUGCGUACCAGAGCUGCCAGCGCUACUUUCUCGACCAUGCCCAGCACGACAACACAGUCCAGGUCGUAUCUGCGCUCAUCAACAUCUGCCUCCCGUUCCAAUGGACGUCCCAUCCUAUUCUGAGUUCGGCAGGCCCGCUUCAACACUCAUCUGGUCCUGCAGCAUAUACACAGUCGUGGCCCCGUCAAGGCCCCGUCCUCAACUCAAAAGGCCAGCCAACACCGGCAUGGGUGUCGCUGAUACCAUUCAUCAGGCGGCUGGUCAUCACGGGAAUGGAUCAGGCGGCGGUCAUGCAUGGGUUCUUCGGCGACGACUGGAAGAAAGGGGUGGGUCCAGUGCACGAGUGCGAGAGGCGGAACUAUCUGUUUGCAGCCAAGAGUGUCGGGUGGGCGAAAGUCAAGUGUCAAUAUGAUAUGUCUCCGCACGAGUCGGUCCCGUUCAUGAAGCCCCUCCAAGACGUCCAGCUGGCGGAAAUCGAGGGUGCUGAGAAGACCUGGAGUCAGUGGCUCGCAAUGGAAGAUUGGAUGGUGGGGCCGCGGGCACCAGAUGCGGAUGAUCGGUUUCCAGAUGCUCGGCGCCGUGGAUCCUGAGAGAAUCAGAUUUAGUGGAUGGCGUUGCAUGGUGUAUGGGAACUGUCAGGGUUAACAGCUUCGCCGUGGGCGGGGGGAGGCGCCAGGGCGGAAGGAAUUACAGGGGCCAGGGUUUAGCGACGAUGCACCUGUGAGCUGCAGCUGCGAUUUGAGUUGGCGUUACUUUUGGGUAUCUGAUGUAAUAUUGUGGGUACGACGAAUAAUGCACGCCGACAUGUCCUAGGCGGAAAGCCUGCGCGAUUCGAAAGAAGCAACCACAUGUACCAUACAGCGCCUUGUCCAUACAAUGCCACAAGUCCCGCA